UCAGAGAACAACACAUUAAUGAGCAAAUAACUUUUUUCUUCAGAAAUCUGAUAUAAUGGACAAGUUGACGACAUACACCAAAUUCAUAGUUGUACGUCACCCAUUUGAGCGUCUCCUAUCUGCCUAUAGGGAAAAGAUCAAAGGACCCAGAAGGAAACCUUAUCAAUAUUCGGUGUUGAAACAUGUCAAGAAGUAUCGUUCAAACGCAACUCAGACAGAUAUCACAUGGCUGGAGUUUGUGACUUACCUCAUUAAUGGCGGCUACUCACAAAACAGGCAUUGGCGCCCCUAUGGUACACAGUGUGCCUUCUGUGUCUUUGACUAUGACAUCAUCGCCAAGUAUGAAACUCUAGUGAAGGAUUCUGAGGAGUUCCUACGGAGAGUGGGAGCCCCGGAGUCCUUACACUACCCAGAAUAUCAUCCCAGCAGCACCAAGGACAAUCUGGAGAGUUAUAUGAAGAAACUCACUAAGGAGCAGAUCGACCGCCUCUACCACACUUACAAACAAGAUUUUAUACUUUUCCAAUAUACAUAUAACCCUCAGUAGAUUUGCUGUUGAUGAUCACCCUCCCACCAGCCUCCCCCUGUCUCUCCCACAUCACAAUAACAAUAAGUGAGUUUGUGGCUAGGAAAUAGAACAGAUGGUUUACUAAUGGCUGACAUGAACAUAAUGUCGAUAAAAAAAAAAGGCACAACACACAUACUAAAGGUGGAGUCUGUUAAAAUAAAUAUAAUUACACAUUACCCUUUAACAAAUGAUAGAAUUUGUUAACCUUCAAACUAACUUCACAGUCAAGACAUCUGGGCACUGAGACAGUUUACCCUCUGAAACUGUGGAUGCAUCAACAUAAUAGUGGGCUUCAAAAUAGCCCUUGAUAAGACUAUGAAGAACAAUGGGUUGGGGAGGGGUAUCCUACAACAGCCAAGAACCUCAUUACUCUGCCAUGGCCACCUCUUUAGUUGUGAUGGCCAAGUGGUAUAGUUUAGGUUGUUAGGUAUAACUCCCUAUGUUUCUCACACCUACUGUACCCUCCCCUCACCCUGUACCACCACCAUCACUACACUGUGCCCUCCCCUC